AUGAACAACCAGGUCCAUCAUGGGCAGAUUGGACCGCAAGUUAUCCGGAUGCAUCUGGUGCGCCAAGUUCCUCGUCCAUUCGUCAACAAUCAACCGAGCCCGUUAGAUCAGGUAGAUGCACGCCUACAACCGAUUUACACGGAUCUACAACAGAAACAUGUGAAUCUGAAUCAGAAUACGAUUCGGAUUACAAUCCAA